AUGGAUGAUGAGGCUAGGGUUGCAGGGAGCGGCAAUCCUCCUCCUCCGCCCUCCUCUUAUUGGCUGGAUGCCUGUGAGGACAUUUCCUGCGACGAUUUCAGCCAUGAUUUGGUUGAUUUCGAUGUUCCCGAGUCAAUAGAUGUUGGUACCUCCAAUCAGGACAGCAGCCCCGACCCUUGUUUUUUUGGCGGAAUUGAUCGGAUUCUUGACAGCAUCAAGAAUGGUGGUGGCUUGCCUUCGGUAGUCGAUGGCACCGGCAAUGGACUUGAUCGAAAUGGCUCCUGCACUGAACAAAGCUGGUGCUUUCAGAAUGAGACUGCUUGCAAGAUGCAAAUUGAGCAAUCUUGUCCAACAGCUGCAGCAGCAAAUAAUAAUCUAUCCAAUGGCCUUGGUUUACAGCGUAAUAAUCAGAAUAUCCUUGUAAGCAGGACAUCCAUAGAGACUGGCAAGCAUAACGGUACUGAUAACGGGAAUAAGUCCUUAGAUGGUAAAGGAUAUUGUGGUAAGGAUCGUUUUCUCAAGGAAAUUGGACUCCGCAGGCAAGAUACUCGGGGCAGUGACCGAGAUUAUCAUGAGAACGAAGUAAGAUAUGUGAAAAGGCCUCGUCUUGGUGAUUACAAAAAUGAGAGGCACCAUUCUAGCACAGGACAAUAUUACCCUCGGGAAAGACCUCCUGGUAGGAAGAGGCUUUGCUAUUGGGAGGAGAUUGAUAAGAGGGGUAGGGAUCAAAUCAGGAAAAGAGAACGCUAUGGUAGAAGGGAUGGUAGGGAUAGGGAUUGGAGAGAAGGAAGGGGUUACUGGGAGAGGGAUAGAUCUGGUUCAAAUGAGAUGGUUUUCCGGUUGGGUGCAUAUGAAGCUGCUAGAAACAGAGAAGGCAAGACACCCUCUGAGAAAAACCAUGAAGACAAUGGAGGAGGGGAGGAGAAUAAAACUGAAGAUCCCAAGGAGAAACUUCCAGAGGAGCAGGCACGCCAAUACCAGUUGGAUGUUCUCGAACAGGCUAAGAAGAAAAAUACUAUAGCUUUUCUUGAAACAGGGGCAGGGAAGACGCUCAUUGCUGUACUCCUAAUAAAAAGUGUUUGUAAUGAAUUGCAAAAACAGAACAAGAAAAUGCUAGCUGUAUUUUUGGUUCCUAAAGUUCCGCUUGUUUAUCAGCAAGCAGAAGUUAUUCGUGAGCGAACAGGUUUUCGAGUUGGCCAUUAUUGUGGCGAAAUGGGGCAAGAUUUCUGGGACACGCGGAGGUGGCAGCGUGAGUUUGAAACAAAGGAGGUUUUUGUGAUGACCGCUCAAAUCCUUCUGAACAUUCUGAGACACAGCAUAAUAAAGAUGGAGGCAAUUAAUCUCCUUAUUCUGGAUGAGUGUCAUCAUGCUGUGAAAAAACAUCCCUAUUCUCUAGUGAUGUCUGAGUUCUAUCACACAACUCCAAAGGAGAAGAGACCAUCAGUUUUUGGGAUGACUGCUUCUCCUGUUAAUUUAAAGGGUGUUUCCAGCCAAGUGGAUUGUGCGAUAAAGAUUCGUAAUCUUGAAAGUAAACUAGAUUCUGUAGUUUGUACUAUAAAAGACCGCAAGGAGCUGGAAAAAUAUGUACCAAUGCCCUCAGAAGUUGUAGUGGAGUAUGAUAAAGCAGCUAGUUUAUGGUCCCUUCAUGAACAAAUAAAACAAAUGGAACUGGCAGUUGAAGAAGCUGCACAAUCAAGUUCCAGAAGAAGUAAAUGGCAAUUUAUGGGAGCAAGAGAUGCUGGAGCCAAGGAAGAGCUGCGCCAAGUAUAUGGUGUCUCUGAACGAACUGAAAGUGAUGGGGCUGCUAAUUUAAUUCAAAAGCUGAGGGCUAUUAACUAUGCUCUUGGUGAACUAGGUCAAUGGUGUGCUUAUAAGGUUGCACAAUCUUUUUUGACAGCUCUACAAAAUGAUGAAAGGGUGAACUACCAGCUUGAUGUCAAGUUUCAAGAAUCCUACUUGAACAAAGCUGUAUCUCUUUUGCAGUGCCAAUUAUCAGAGGGGGCUGUUUCAGAAAAUAUCUCAAAAAGUAUGGAUGAAGAUAAUGAUUUGGCUCAAGAUGGGGGUGGCCUUGAUGAUAUAGAGGAGGGAGAGCUUCCCGACAGUCAUGCUACUGCUCCUUCCUCGCUAGUCUUCCUCAGGUUUCUCUGCUUUGCAUUUGCUGUUGUCUUCUUCUUCGACAGAAAAAAAACCAUUGCUGCUGCUUCGACUGUUACAGUACCUGUUGCUUCUCCUGCUGCUUUUCCUGUUUCUACUACGACAACAGAGCUUAUGAUCGGCUAUACUUUGACAUUCUUUUCAUAUGCUGGUAUAAUUCUUUUAGUUGUCUCUGGUGGAGAGCAUGUGGAUGUGAUUAUAGGAGCUGCUGUGGCUGAUGGAAAAGUAACCCCAAAGGUGCAGUCACUGAUUAAGAUUCUUCUCAAGUAUCAGCACACGCAGGAUUUUCGCGCAAUCAUCUUUGUUGAGCGAGUUGUUGCUGCCUUAGUUCUGCCGAAGGUUUUUGCUGAGCUACCAUCCCUAUGUUUUAUAAAAUCAGCAAGUUUAAUUGGGCAUAAUAAUAGCCAAGAGAUGCGGACAUGCCAAAUGCAAGACACAAUUGCCAGAUUCCGAGAUGGUCGCGUGACAUUGUUAGUUGCCACCAGUGUUGCUGAGGAAGGACUCGAUAUUCGGCAAUGUAAUGUAGUCAUCCGCUUUGAUCUUGCAAAAACUGUUUUGGCAUAUAUUCAGUCUCGGGGUCGUGCGAGAAAGCCUGGGUCAGAUUACAUCUUGAUGGUUGAGAGGGGUAAUUUGUCACAUGAAGCAUUUUUAAGGAAUGCUAGAAAUAGUGAAGAGACCUUGCGAAAAGAAGCAAUUGAGAGAACUGACCUUAGUCAUCUUCAGGGGACCUUAAAGUUGGUUUCUGCGGAGGCAACUCCAGGUACAGUGUACCAGGUUGAGUCAACUGGUGCUGUUGUAAGUUUAAAUUCUGCAGUUGGACUCAUCCAUUUCUACUGCUCUCAACUACCAAGUGACAGGUAUUCAAUACUUCGUCCUGAGUUUAUUAUGGAGCGUCAUGAGAAGCCAGGAGGCCCCACUGAAUAUUCAUGCAGGCUUCAACUCCCCUGUAAUGCACCAUUUGAAAAGCUUGAGGGUCCUGUAUGCAGUUCAAUGCGGCUUGCACAACAGGCUGUUUGUUUGGCUGCUUGCAAGAAAGUUCAUGAGAUGGGGGCGUUUACUGACAUGCUAUUACCAGACAAGGGAAGUGGGGCAGAAAGCGAAAAAGUUGACCAAAGUGAGGAAGGAGAUCCACUUCCAGGGACUGCACGGCACAGGGAAUUCUAUCCUGAAGGUGUACCCGAUAUUCUCCAGAAGUUUCUCAUCUUAAGGGAUGCUUUCAUUUUGCUCCUUGAAAAUGAACCUCAAAGUGCAACUGGUCCUAAUCUUGAAGAUGAGCGAUCUGGAAGCCUAUUCUUGCCUUUUCCCAAUGUUAACAUCUCGGCUGACUAUCGCUCUACAUCCAAACCUAACGAAAUCUGGCAAUGGGUUCAAAGUUGCUUUGCUAUUUGA